AUGCGAGGAGAGAUGCUCAGCAGGAUCCACGACGGUCACCUCGUAGUGUCCAAGUGUCGAGAACGGGCCAAAUCUUCCAUUUGGUGGCCUGGUCUCAGCUCCGAGAUACGGGAAGUCGUCUCAAGAUGCGACCAUUGCCAGCGGAAACGUCCAGCACAACCAAGCGAACCUCUAGCCCCGACAGCUCUAUCUGAGCGUCCGUUCCAGAUGGUUGGUGCUGACCUAUGCAACUACAAGGGACAUGACUACCUGGUACUUGUGGACUACUUUUCACGGUACUUGGAGGUGGCCUACAUGCCAGACACCACCUCAGAGACUGUUGUGUAUAAACUGAAAAACAUCUUCGCCUGGUUUGGCAUUCCAGAACUACUGGUCACUGACAACGGUCCCCAGUUUGUGUCAGACCGUUUCCACAAGUUCGCCAAGGGCUGGGGAUUUAAACACACCACCAGCAGUCCUCAUUUUCCCCAGAGCAACGGCGGGUCGGAGAGAGCAGUCGAGGAAGCGAAGAAGGCCCUGAGUCAGGACGACCCAUUUCUCGCACUCCUGAUCUACAGGUCUACACCGGUGUCACCGACGGGGGCGAGCCCAGCGGAACUUGCUCUUGGGCGACGCCUGAGGACGACCCUGCCAAUUCUACCGUCAAACCUGAACCAGCAGGUCUACGACAGGGCGAAGAUUGCAGCCAGAGACGCCGAGUCGAAGCAUAAGUACAAACAAGCUUUUGACAGACGUCACGGAGCCCAGAACCUCCCGGAGCUGAAUCCUGGUCAGCUCGUCCUGCAGAAGCUGGAGAACGACAAGGAGUGGCGUGGCCCUGCGGUUGUCAAAGAACGGUGUGCACCGAGGUCUUACAUCAUUCAGUCUGGGGAUAGAGCUUACCGCCGGAACCGCAAACACCUGAAGCCCUACGUCGACCCUCCUUCCAUGCCUUCUUCACCUGUUGCCACCCCAGAGCCUACUCCGAUGUCCGUUCCCUUACCUCCGCCACCAGCUGCCCAGCCGGUGGAGCCUGAUGUCACACCACCAUCUCCUCAGCCAGCUGCCGCUCCAGCCAGUCCAGCUCCAAUAACUACCCGAAGUGGACGAGUGGUCAGGAGACCCGCUCGUAACCCGGACUGA